AUGGAAGCAGCCGGACUGGGCCUUGCAGUCUUUGGUGCAUGUGACACGUGGCUAAAGUAUGGGGCAGUGAUCAUACAGAAGUAUAAGGGCUUCAAAGAAGCAGAAAAUGAAAUCAAAGAACGAGUUGUCUCAAUCGAAGCUACCUGGAGGAAGAUAUCCCAGCAAUUGGGCCUUCUCAAACGCAUCUGGGAUACUCAGGAUGAAGAUCUUCGAGAUUUACAGGAGCGCAUUCUUCGCAUUCUACAGACAAAGCUCGACAUUGCUGUCCUACAUAUCAGCAAACUAGAAAAGCGUGGAUCUGGCAACGGAAGAGGACAAGAGAAACGAAAGGCAGCUAGAUAUGCCUUGGAUAUUGAGAAAUCUCUUGAUAGAGCCAUCCUAGAUCUCCAAUUGUGGGAGAGGAAAUUUGAUCCGAGCUGGUUUUUGAUUUUACCUGCUCGGCAUAUUCGAGAUGCACUGAAAAAUGAGCCCCAACGCAGAGCCGCAAUAUUUCGUCCAGAAGAUAAGCUUACCCUGCCCAGCGGUCCAGAAUCCCACUAUCAACUUUCGAAAUUUGUGACAUCCCAGACUCGAAGACCUUCAUCCUGGAUUAGGUGGAGUGUGACACAAGAACAGAUGCAUCUGCAUUCGCCAAAGACUUUCGAGCCCUCGCGCAAAAGCUUCAAAAUAUUGAUCCAUUCUAAUUCAACCUCCUUAGUUGUUUGGGUGUUGUUCGCAUCAAAGAUUCAAUGA